AUGUUGUUUCUAGUCUCUACUGUCUUGACAUUUCUUGCUCUGAUUCUCAUCCCUUGUCUCGUCAUCUCGAGGCGUCUAAGUGUUCCCCUCUCCUUUCCAAACAUCCGCAGAUUCAUCAAAACCGCAACUUCUCAACACGAUGAAGAAGAGAGGAACGAGAAACGUGGUACAAUUGGAGAGAAAGAGAAACGAGAGAGAAUGCCAAAUCAUGUGGCGAUUAUAUUGGAUGGGAACAGACGUUGGGCGAAGAAACGAGGACUCGAGACAGCACAAGGUCACGAAGCUGGAGCAAGAAGAGUCGUGGAUCUUGCUAAGGAUUUUUUCACUAUGGGGACAAAAACAGUCUCACUCUUUGCUUUCUCCACUGAAAACUGGGCAAGACCCGAGGAUGAAGUUAACUACUUGAUGGCAAUGUUUGAGAAAUUCUUAAAGUCGGAGUUACCUUGCUUCCAAAGGUACUUGAUAUGA